UGAGACUUUGCUUUUGAUCAACUCUCAUUCCGUAAUCUUUUCAAAGCAUUAAGCGAAGAAAAUACUUUAUUUUCAAACUAUAGAAUAUGUGCAAAAGGGUAUUACAGUACCACCAAGUAGAAACCCCUCCACCACAACCUUUCUUCAAAUCACUAAAGAACACUCUCAAUGAGAUCCUUUUCGCCGACGAUCCGUUCCGGAAAAUCAGGAAAGAAUCGAAAAUGUCGAAAAAGAUCGAGUUAGGGUUGCGGCACGUGUUCCCGAUCUUGGAGUGGGCUCGUGGUUACAAUUUGGAGUACUUGAAAUCAGACGUUAUCUCAGGGAUCACCAUAGCAAGUCUUGCUAUUCCUCAAGGGAUUAGCUAUGCUCAACUCGCCAAUCUCCCUCCAAUCCUUGGUCUUUACUCGAGCUUCGUGCCGCCAAUGGUAUACGCGAUAAUGGGAAGUUCAAGAGAUUUAGCUGUGGGUACGGUGGCGGUGGCGUCGUUGUUAACGGCGGCAAUGAUAGGGAAAGAGGUAAAUGCGGUGGAGAAUCCAAAGCUUUACCUUCACUUAGCUUUCACCGCCACUUUCUUUGCCGGACUCAUGCAAACCUGCCUUGGCCUCUUACGGUUAGGAUUUUUGGUGGAGAUAUUGUCGCACGCUGCGAUCAUAGGGUUCAUGGCAGGAGCCGCGACGGUGGUUUGUCUACAACAACUGAAAGGAUUACUUGGUCUCAGUCACUUCACCCAUUCCACUGAUGUCAUCUCCGUUCUUCGGUCCAUCUUUUCUCAGUCUCAUAUGUGGAGAUGGGAGAGUGGGUUACUAGGGUGUUGCUUCCUCUUUUUCCUUCUUACAACCAAAUACAUUAGCAAGAAGAGACCAAAGCUAUUCUGGAUAUCUGCAAUGGCUCCACUUGUUUCUGUCAUUUUUGGAAGCCUCUUCGUUUACUUUCUCCAUGCCCAGUUCCAUGGCAUCCAAAUUAUUGGAGAAUUAAAGAAAGGGAUUAAUCCACCGUCCAUCACACAUUUGGUUUUCACGUCACCUUAUGUCACGUUGGCUCUUAAAACCGGCAUUAUCACUGGAGUCAUUGCUCUUGCUGAAGGAAUUGCAGUGGGGAGAAGCUUUGCGAUGUAUAAGAAUUACAACAUAGAUGGGAACAAAGAGAUGAUUGCAUUUGGGAUGAUGAAUAUUAUGGGUUCCUUCUCCUCUUGCUAUCUCACUACCGGUCCGUUUUCGCGUUCUGCGGUGAACUUCAACGCCGGUUGCAAAACGGCGGUAUCAAACGUGGUGAUGGCGGUUGCAGUAGCAGUAACAUUACUGUUCUUAACGCCAUUAUUCUUUUACACACCGUUAGUAGUUCUGUCAUCAAUCAUCAUAGCCGCCAUGCUCGGACUCGUUGACUACGAAGCAGCAAUGCAUCUCUGGAGACUCGACAAGUUCGAUUUCUUCGUUUGUCUAUCUGCUUUUUUAGGCGUCGUUUUUGGUACCAUUGAGAUUGGUCUCAUCCUCUCUGUGGGAAUAUCAGUGCUGAGAUUAUUGUUGUUCGUGGGAAGACCAAAGAUUUAUGUAAUGGGAAACAUUCAGAACACAGAGAUCUUUAGGAACAUUGAACAGUACCCUCAAGCCACUACUCUCUCUGGCGUCAUCAUUCUCCACAUUGAUGGUCCUAUUUACUUCGCCAACUCUAGCUACUUAAGAGAUAGAAUUGGAAGGUGGAUCGAUGAGGAGGAAGAUAAACUGAGAAAGAGUGAAGAAAACAGUCUACAAUACAUCAUACUUGAUUUGAGUGCUGUGGGGAACAUUGACACAAGUGGUAUAAGCAUGCUUGAGGAACUCAACAAACUACUUGGACGAAGAGAGCUUAAGCUAGUGAUAGUGAACCCAGGAGCAGAGGCGAUGAAGAAGCUAAGCAAGUCCAAGUUCAUAGAGUCCAUCGGCAAAGACUGGAUUCAUCUCACAGUAGCAGAAGCCGUCUCAGCCUGCGAUUUCAUGCUCCACACAGCUAAACCGGACUCACCGGAGAAAAUCUCGGGUGGUGUACCGGAAUUUAACAACGUUUAAAGGUUUCAAAUUGAAUUCUCACAUUUAUAUUUUCACCAACAAUAAAGUCGAAAAGCUAAGAGUCUGUUAUUCAAAUUUUCACUACUACUACUAUUGCGUUUGCGUUUAAAAACAUAACGCUGUUAAAUUAAAACUUUUUUUCACAUGAGAACUUGUCUUACUUGCGAGUGAAGUAACAAUAACCUUCACGGAGACGGUGACUGCUGAGCGCAGCCGCAAAAGGCAGUCCUCUUCUUCGUCUUCUUCUUCAUUGAAACACUUCUUGUUCCACCAUAGAUGUAAUCCCUUAGAAGAACUUUAGACUUAGUAUCUGAGACCUUAGACUUAUUAGCUUUACUCUCUUUUUCUCCUUCAAGUUUCAUCAACAGAAACUGAAUCCUCUGUAUCUCCAACUGUAACCUCCCAAUCUUCUCCGAACCUCUUCUCGCAUGUUCAGAUAUCCUCCUGCUUCUGUUACCAUCCUUCUCUGAUUCAACCUUCGUGGACAGCUUCUGAUUCACGUUAAACAGUUUCUCUACUGCUUCCUCUGCUUCUUUGAGCUGACCUUUGAUCGUUGCGUAUUCUUCAUUCUCCUCUGUUUCGACUUUGUUUGAUAAAUCUUUUACAGUGAUCUGAAGAUUCUCCAGCUUCUUUAAAUCAGAACCCAGUCUCUCUAGAACUUUCCUCUUGUUUACUUCUAUGUUCGGAUCCAUGAAUCCAUCGAAAAUCUCUAGUUUAUCGACAAUCAAUGACUCUUCAGACAGAGACUUACCUUUGGCUUUCACUUUAACUGCUGUUUCUGUCUUGUGAGUUUU